GCCAAGCGCCCGCGCGAGCUGCGGCUGGGGGGCGGCGAGGAGUGGGCCCCGCUGGCGCCAUUGGCUGUGCGGCCGAGGGGCGGAGGGACGCGCGGGCUGGGCGAGCGGCGGCCCCGGGCCCUUCCCGCUGCGCCCCUGAGCCCCGCGUUCCCGGGGACCUGCGCGCGUCGCAAGGCAGGCUUGCCGCCCCACUCCGAUUCCCGGAGCGCGGCCGAGGUGGUCACGCGUCCAGACCCGCAGGGUCAUCUGCCCCUUACGGAGGACUGGCCGCUCGCACACUGAUGGCCUUUGGUCCCUACCACGUUCGAGUGACUCUUUACCUGUCUUCGGGUGGCUUCAAUUCGGAGAAGUUUUUCCUAGCGCUGAGCACUCGUUCCCCAGCAGCGUUUUCCUGAGUUCCCGGAAAACCCAUCUCGAUGGACACCUUAUCCCCUGCUGCUGGUUUUGUUUCAAAACCAAGAAUCUGACUGUGCUGACUUUAUCAGCCUGAAAUUUCUGCCUAUGCUUUGAUGAAAGAAACAAUGGCAGUUCUGCCGUCUUUCACCCCUCUGUGAAAAUCUGACUGUUAAUGCAUUUGCUCAUCUCUCACCCUCUGUAAAGAUGUCUGAGCCUGACUCGGCAUCCGGAUUUGCAGGAAGUGUGGAGAACGGCACUUUCCUUGAGCUGUAUCCCACGUCGCUGUCCACAUCGGUGGACCCCUCCUCUGGCCAUCUGUCCAAUGUCUACAUCUACGUGUCCAUAUUCCUCAGCCUCUUGGCCUUUCUGCUUCUGCUGCUAAUCAUCGCCCUCCAGAGGCUCAAAAAUAUCAUCUCCUCCAGUUCCUCCUACCCAGAGUAUCCAAGUGAUGCCGGAAGUUCCUUCACCAACUUAGAAGUCUGUAGUAUUUCCUCUCAAAGGUCCACUUUUUCCAACCUGUCAUCCUGAAGAAAGAAAAAGGAAAAAAUCUUAAUUAAAGCAGCAGCAGCUUAGGUUUUCCCUUAUGGGGAGUGCUGCCUCAUGGAAGACAUGACCCUUUUGGUUUCUACCUGUUUUCGUUCUUCAUCUUGGAUUCCUUUGCUGUGCCUGCUGCUUUUCAUUUGCGAAUGGAGAAAUCGAUGCCCACAGAAUGAGCACUGGCUUUGAGGUUCGGAAUUCCACACUCACCACUUGACAGAUCUGGAGCUGGAUUCUUCCAGGUGGAGCAGCAUUUGUUGAAUGCUAUGAACUCAACUAGGAAAACCUCACAGUGGAUGCUGGAUAUAGACUCUUUAUUUCGCUGAGGCCAACUGAGCCAGCAGACACUGGGAGAAUUAAGUCAGAGCUAUGCAGGAGAUAUUUUCUUAUUUAAGAGAGAAAGCAGAGACAUCAAAUUUUAAAAAGAAAGUCAGUUUAAAUCGAAUGCAUAAUAUUUCUAAAUCUGGAAGUAAAAAUAUGCUAAAUUUUUUUUUUCAUUUCACUUUCACAAAUGAAAGUCACAUUUAUUCAUGGAUAUAAGUCAUUUGGAAAAAUUUUGGAAGCAUUUAUAACUUUUAAUAGCAAGACGUACAUGUGUCAUUAUGCAGUUUAUAAUGUAUUUCUGCCUCUUGAGGUUUUACUUCUACUUGCAUUGUAGCUGUAAUGGUCCUCAGUUGUGGAAUUCUUGGUGAUCAUUGCUGUUCUUAUUGCUAGGGGAAGCACCAGAGAGACACCAAGAAGUUUUUAUUUUAGAUCUGUAAUUUCCAUUUCGAGAAUUAACAGUAGGGGAAAUAUUCAUCCUGUUGUGUUUUAUACAGUAAUGAGUCCAAGUAGUUGUGUAUGUUCCUUUAUUCAUUUCAUAGUUCUUAUAAUUUCAGUGCACAAUCAUAGUAAGGUCCCGAGAUGUCAAAGCUUAAUAUUCACUCACAUUAGGUUGCAAAAUUUAGAGAGUGCAUUGUACCAUACCUGCUAUUACGUACUCUGUGAAUGUUACGUGUCUCUGACAAGUAGUUGUUUCAUGUUAAUACAAUACUCUGCAUUUGGACUCAAAGAUGGGAGAUUAUAUUAAAAUUGUAGUGACUCAUUGCUGCUGAAACCCCUAGUAAUCCUGAGAGCUGGUACUGCGAUGGGUCAGGUACACUUGAGCUUGGAGAGGGGAGGGGUGUCAUGAAAUUAAAUAUGCACACAGACACAGGCAAGGGAUGUGAAGGAGAUCAAGCUGCCACUAAAUAUAAAACAAGCAAACUGCAGCUUCUUAAGAAUAAGAAUUUUAAUUUAAUUUUAAGAAUAAGUGCCCCACAGCAUAAAAUCUUAUUGUGCAACUGUUGUGCCAACAUACCACGUCUUCCCAUGCCUACCAAAUCAUUCCUUGCUCAAAAUACUUAACAAACUUAAAUAGCAGAGCAUCAGCACUUCUUUUGGUUGUAGAACCAGUGCUUUGCAGUGAUCAGAAUGGGAGAAACAAUCUGCCAUUUUGCAGCCUGCCUUUGUCAUUCUAGAAAGCUAUGUCAUUCCAGUGAGCACUGGAAAUGAGAAUCAGAAGUCUUUUUUUAACCCAAAUGCCUCACUUAAAUAGUUCGCAUUUAACUCUUUGUAUAUCAAAAAAUCUCCAGACUUCAUAAGACCAGCACAAACUCGCUGCCCUAAAAUGUAUAAUCAGUGAGAAAUUUAUCACUGCUGCCAUUUAAGGCAUAACAGUGGGCUGGUCGCUAUUAGGUAGCACAAAACUUCGACUAGAGAGACUGCUAUUUCCGAUCAUUAUUAGCGUUCUCUAAGUACACAUAUGUAUGUACAUGUAUACAUGUAUGUACCUACAUUUGAUGUGUUUGUUCACAUGUUCCAGUUAAAAGUUGUGUGAAAGCUACACAGGAUUAGAGACAUCUAUAGUACCGCUUUUGCUCUUUAAUUAUUCUUCUGUUAUGUUGGCUCUUGAGGAAGAAAAUGCAUGAGUAAAGUGAUCUUUAAACAACAAAGGGACAAAUGCACUACAAUCUGGUUAAGAUUUAUCCUAGGGGGGAAUUUUAAAUCCUUUUCCUUUUGGAAGAAAUACAAAGACUUCUGAUAGAAAAACUACUGAAAUCAAAUCUGAUCAAGUCUACAAGCACUCCUCACCGCCCCUGCCGCAAAGAUUCUUGCUCUUGACAUUAAAUGGGAAUAAUUAGGAGCAACAUCCGAAGAUGGAAAAUAGCAUUUGUCAUUAGGAGCUUGUAGUAACAGACUGUACAACUUGAGAUGAAUUUGUGCUGUGUAAAGGUCAAAAAGGCUGGAAGAUGGGUUUAUAAAUAAAGAAGUGAUGUCCA